GCGAACCUUGUUUGGUCGAGAUCGACCUCCAAAACUUUUUGGGCACGUACGAAACGGAUGCGCACACACGAACGCGAUAACGGCAGCGCCAUCCCUACCGGUCACCUUCUCACUCCUUUGUCUCUCUCUCUCUCUUUCUGCUCCUUUGCAGGGAGGGAUCUCUAACUCUUCAUGGGUAAUACAGUCUGCUGACAGUUGAAUCUCUCUCUUUCUCUCUCUCUCCUAUAUGUCCAAUCUAUGGCGAAUGUUAUUCAUGGAGCGCGGUCCUUCACAGCCACAAACUCCACCGCCCUCUCCUUAGCCUCCAUUGAUGUCCACAGCGUUUUGCGCUUGCAACCCCAACAAUGGAAGCAGAGGUUCUUUUUGUGGGUGUCCAAGUUUUCUGUGAGACACAGUAUGAGAAGCCCUCGUGUCAAGGCAUAUCCUGCUGUUGGUGAGAAUGAAACGCCAAAGUGGUGGGAGAAGAAUGCUGGUCCAAAUAUGAUUGACAUUCAUUCUACCCAAGAAUUUCUUGAUGCAUUAAGAGAUGCCGGCGAGAGGCUUGUCAUCGUUGAGUUUUAUGGUACUUGGUGUGCUUCCUGCAGAGCAUUAUUUCCUAAGCUGUGCAGGACAGCAAAAGAGCACCCUGAUAUUCUAUUCUUGAAAGUGAACUUUGAUGAGAACAAAGCUAUGUGCAAAAGCUUAAAUGUUAAAGUACUUCCAUAUUUUCAGUUCUAUCGUGGUGCAGAGGGGCAGUUGGAGUCUUUCUCUUGUUCACUAGUAAAGUUUCAGAAGAUAAAAGACAGCAUCACAAGACACAAUACUGCUCGCUGUAGCAUUGGCCCGCCUGCUGGAGUUGGUGAUAUACAGCUUCUUGGUUCUCUUGACAUGAAUGCCAAGCAGGCAGAAGCGAAUUCUCAAUAGUCAUUUUUUAGUUUCAAAGUUCAACCUGUUAUGUGAUACACUGAUGUCCAUAGUUCGAUCUCCGCUACGUGUAUAAUUUAUGUUCGAGGUAUUGAGUUUCUGAAAAUUUACAGAAGGUCUUCCUUCUUUCUCUUUC